AUGUCGCUCUUCGGCAACAAGCCCCUGGGUGGCAGCAUCCUCGGCGGCUCGACCAGCACUCCCCAGCAGAACACCGGAGGAGGUCUCUUUGGACAGCAGACGCCUGCCAACCAGCCGGCGAAUACUACGCCUGCCUCCGGUGGCCUAUUCGGAGGCCUGAAUCAGAACAAGCCCGCAACCAGCGGCGGACUCUUUGGUGCGUCGACGACACAACAACCGGCCCAGCAACAGUCUUCGCUGUUUGGCCAGACGGCGACGCAGCAGCAGCAACCAGGACCUCUCAACCUCGGUGGAAUUGGUGGCUCUACGGCAAAGCCAUCUCUCUUCGGUGGCCUCGGUGGCCUCGGUGGCACCCAGCCCCAGUCUCAGACCGGCGCGACCCUCGGACAGAGCAGCGCCAACCCGCUCGGCAGCUCCCUUUUCCCUCCGGCGCAACAACAGCAGCCGCAACAGCAGAACCAGAACACGAACAACCAGUCGCAAGCGCAGCAGGGCCAGACAUCGGGGGCAUACUUUGACAGCCUUUUCGCGAAGAGCAAGAGACAGGGAGAUGGCGAGGGCGGUCUGGAGGACCUUCCCAGCUUGCAGCUCGGGCUGGGCGACCUUCGCCAGCGCUUGAAGAAGCUGGGAACCGAAGCCCAAAAGCGCCCCUCCGACGGCAGAGCCCACUACCUCCUCGCUGCCUCCGGUGUCGACCCUAGCUUGGCUGCCAGGGACCUCGGAUCCCUCGAUUUGCAGACCGGCCGCGUCGACAGACCGACAGGCUACUCCCCGGCCGAAAUCGAUGUCGAGACGUACCUCGCGAACCUCCAGACGAAGACGACGAUGAGCAUGAUUGCUGACGGUCUCGAGAGAUCCGUCCGCGACUUUGAUAACUUCCUGGAGGACAACGUGACGAUGGAGUGGGAGGCCCAGCGCAAGCGAAUCUACGAGCACUUUGGAAUCAAACCCAGAGAGGAGACUUCUUUUGCCGGAGCGGCUUCGAUGAGAGAGUCCACCGGCGGCUUUGGUCGCUCACGGCGCAGCAAGGGCCCGGCGGCCGGUGCCCGAUCCGGCAGAGCCAGUGUUCUGGGCAAGUCGAGCAUGCACCGCUCCGUCAUUGGCAAUGCCAGCAAGAUUGGUACUCACCAGCCUGAGUUCUCCGACAUUGACCGCUCUAACGACAACAACGGCUCCCUGACUGGCCACAUGAACUCGGACGACAGAUCCCUGCGCGAGAAGCAGAGCAAGCUGUCCGAGAAGGUCCGCAGCCUCAACUCAGCCCGCCUCAUCAACCACCCCUACCCCAUCCUUUCAGAGCUUGCGGACGUCGAGCACCGCUCUCUCGAUCCUUACGCACCGCACAUUGUCGAGGCGUACCAUGCUGUGCGAGAAAUCGUGGGCGAGGACCCCGAAGCCGAGACGACCAUCAAUGGCGCCACGGCCAAGGAGAGGCAGUUUGCAAAGAUGUACCUGGACGAAUCCCCGAACUCGUCCAACUCAAUAGCCAUGCGCAAGAGGCUGCUUGAGGGAGCCAACAAGUUCUUGGAGAAGCAGUUCCUGCAGGAAGUGGAAGGUCUCAUUUCAAAACACCCCCAUGAAGCCAACCUCGGUGGUCGUCCCGAUAUUGUCAGCAAGAUCAGAGCGUACAUCCGGCUGCGGUCCGCGAGGAAGGAUCUGGUGCCUGAUAACACAGAUCUUCAGCAAGUCAGCGGGGAGUAUGUCUGGGCGAUUGUCUUCUACCUUCUGCGGUCUGGCCACGUCAGUGAGGCGGCGAAGUAUGUGAACGACAACGGCAACCAAUUCCGCAGCAUCGACCGAACUUUCCAGAGCUAUCUUAAUGGGUACGCUUCUAACGAGGACCGUCGACUGAAGCGGACGUUGCAGGAUAGGUGCAAUGCUGAGUACACACAGAGGGUCCGCAAUGCCCCUGACAACUCCAUUGACCCCUUCCGCAUGGCAUGCUACAAGAUUAUUGGUCGCUGCGAUCUGAACAACCGCAGUCUUGAGGGACUCAACACCGACAUCAACGACUGGAUCUGGCUUCAGUUCAACCUCGCUAGAGAGGGUGACCGCUCUGUCGAGGUCGCCAGCGAGGCUUACGGCUUGUCUGAGCUGCAGUCUAGCAUCAAGGAGAUUGGUGCCAAGCACUUCCCCAAGUCAUCAUCUGAGGACAACAGUGGCAGCUUCGGCAUGUUCUUCUACCUGCAAGUCCUCUCCGGCAUGUUCGAGGAGGCCGUCGCGUACCUCUACCCCUUCUCCUACGUCGACGCAGUCCACUUCGCCAUCGCUCUCGAGUACUACGGUCUGCUCCGUCCUUCGGAUCCCUUCAGCGCAUCCAACGACCUGCGCAGCCUGAACGUCAAGGACCUCGUGCAGAUCAACUUUGGCAGAAUGAUUGGCUACUACACGAGGGACUUCCGCGCAGCCGAUGUUGUCUCGGCCGUGGACUACCUCACCCUCAUCUGCCUCAACAUGGAUCUCCAGGGCGAGGCGGGACGUCGACAUGCCAACCUCUGCUGGGAGGCCCUCCGUGAGCUCGUCCUCGAGACCAGAGAGUUUAGCAAGCUCAUCGGCGACAUCCGUCCCGACGGUCAGCGGAUACGCGGCAUCAUCGAGGAGCGCGGUGCCCUCAUCGGCUUGACCGAGGAGAACGACUUCAUCAAUACCGUCACCGUCCAGGCCGCUAGUUUCGCCGACGAGAACGGCCGCACCACUGACUCCGUUCUUCUCUACCACCUUGCUGGCGAGUAUGAUACUGUCGUCUCCAUCGUCAGCCGCGCCCUCAGCGAGGCCAUCUCUCUCGAGAUCGGCGAGGACCCCAUGCGUCUUAUGCCUGUCAAGCCCCGCGCCGCCGGCCAGGAGGCCGAGGCCGGCAGCAGCCUGAGCCUGGCGUCCAUUGAUGACCCCGUCGAGCUCGCUCGCACUAUGAUGUCCAUGUACGAGCGCGAUGCCAUGUUCCACCGCAAGAUCCAGGACCAGAAUAAGGUCGCCUGCCGCGUCCUGCUGGAGAUGAGCACCAUCAAGUCCCUCGUCGAAGCCGGCCAGUGGGCCCAAUGUCUCGACAAAAUCCGCUCCCUCGAGAUCCUCCCCCUCGACGCCAGCGGCGACCCGAGCAUCAUCCGCGCCUACGCCUCAAAGUUCUCGGGUCUGUCCCAGCCUGUCUCCAUCAACGUCCCCAAUCUGCUCAUGUGGACCAUCAUCUGCUGCACCCGCCAGCGCGACCAGCUCACCGGCGGCCAGUUCAGCGGCAACGAGGGCACCCGCCGCAUGAUGGUCGAGCAGAUGAGGCAGAUGACGCUCGACCUGACCACCUACACCAGCCAGCUGCGCUACCGCUUCCCGCCGCACCUGCACGAGGCCCUCGCCAGGGCUUCUGCGGAGUAA